GCUUCCUUCGGACAAGUAUGUACUUGCAAAUUGCAUAUUGUACAAAAAUGAAAAAGUUUCAUUAAGAUUACAAAUGUCAUUAUGACAAGUUUAUCCAAAUUACUAAAAGUAAAUUGACGAGUUAAAAGUUAAAAGUUAAAUUUGCUGUUUCGAUGAAAAUUCCAAUUAUUAAAAUGCCAGUGUAGCGACCCCAAACGUGCAAAAUGGAACCAGAUCUCUUAAAAAAGGAGCAAGAAUACCACAAGGAGAACCAAAAGCUCGAGAUCAAAACCAAAGAGUUGAUGAAGAAGGUGGACGAUGUAAUGAAGCUGCAGGAUGAGAUUUUGAAGGGCAAAUUUUGCCCUAAAGCAAUAAUAAAUGAUAACGCAAUUGGUGAUAACAGUUUCGUGAAAUGUAACGACGACGUUAUCACAUUGCAAGACUUGAACAUUCCGGCGUCUGUGGACGACGUGAAUCUCAGAGCCAAGUUGUGCUACUUCAACACCUACAUCAAAACCCUUAAAAGUGACCUAAGUAAAUUACAUCAGGAAUGUAAUUUAAAGGAUGAGGCACUGUACCACCUACAAAACGAAAACGUCAAGCUAUACGAAGAAAGGAAGAGGAUGUUGGUGCGCACAGUGAGUGACAGGAACAUGUCCACCAAAUACGAAACGAUGAUAAGCAACUUGAACAACACAAUAGCCGAAAGGGAUGGGGAGAUGCACUCACUGAAGAAGCACAACGUCGCCCUCAAGCGCGAAGUCAAAACUUUAAAAGGGGAGAUCAUCGCCAUGGAAAUACAACUCAACAACUUCACGGGCGAAGCUGACAAAUACAAAAACGAACUGAAGAAGGUCAAGGAACACGAAAAGUCAACGAACGAGAAUCACAAGAAGAAAAUUAGGGAACUUGAAGCUGUGAUCAAGAACAAAGACAAGAACAAAGCGGAUUUGCAUGAGGGGUUUAAGAAGCAACAACUUUUGAUCGACAAUUUGAAGAAGCAGAAGAUGCACAUCGAAGCCACCCAAAUUGCCGAAGUGUCCCAUCACAUGUACCUUAAGUUACUCGACUGGAACGUCACUGCUUAAGUUGAUCCUACAAUUUUUAUUUAGUUUUGGACAAGUCACUUAUUAAUAUGUUUGCAUUUAUUAUUGUGUAUUUUAAUAAUUAAAUUUCUUAUGAAUGUCAGAAGUUAUGUGAAAUCAGAUGAAUAAAUAUAAUAGAAACUUUUUGUAUAUAA